UUUUGCCCAUCAUCCACAAUCCUUGUGUGAGGCAUUCUAAAGAUAUCAAAACAUAUAUAGAUAUUUAGAACACAUAGAAAAAGUGAAAGACAAAAAGAUGGCUUCCACCAUGUCUUAAGCAUUCACACAGUGAUAAACAAUAAUAAUCCAAUGUAUAGCUAUGGUACUGCAAGGUAUCAGAAGUACAUACCUCAUGCAGACGUAUACAUUUAUUUUUUCUAAAGUAACAAAGCGUUUAAGCAUGUGGGAGCUAUCUGUAUACAUGUUGUACUAAAUCAACACGUUUAACAGUACAUACAUAUGUUUAUGUAUCAUUAAAUGUUAAUGCUAUUUGUCCCUUCCCCCACUUAAAAAAAUCAAAACACUCGUACAUGUGCAACGUCCUCUGUCACGUGCAGGAGAAAGCCCCAACAAAACAGAGAGGAUUAGAAAAAGACAGUGAUUGACAGCGCCCUAAGCCAAUCCGCAGCGUUACGCUGCGUAGCAACAAGAUAUAUUUCCAUGAUUCGUCCAGUCAGAGAGAAAGUGGGCGUAGCUGAGCUGAGAGCCCGUACUGUGUUUACUUCCGUCAAUAUUUCGAGGGGACGGUGGAAAAGAAGAGCAAGGAACAAACACGGAAGACGUACAUAAAGGAGUUGUCAUUGCCUGUUGAGGUGCUCUGCAUUGCAGGGACCCCCACCCCCAAUUACCACAAAAAAUGCCUUUCUUGGGCAAGGACUGGAGGUCCCCGGGGUGCACCUGGACCAAGACAGAACAUGGCUGGAAGAGGAUGGUCUUCUAUGGACACGAACUGGAAGACAGCAACAGAGAGUUAGAUUUAAAGCAGUUCCCUUGUGACAACGAUGACCAUCUGUUUGUUCAAGAUAUUUGUGAACUUGCCACCCCAAAAAGGAGAAAGAACUUCUACAACAACAACACAAAAUCUCAGUUUUCUUUCAGGGAUAAAUGGAUCUACGUGCAGAAAGGCAGCACAAAAGAACGCCACGGGUACUGCACUCUAGGCGAAGCACUGAACCGCCUGGACUUUUCCAGCGCCAUCCACGACUUGAGACGAUUCAACUAUGUGGCAAAACUUUUCCAGCUAAUAGCCAGAUCCCAGCUGACAUCGUUGAGCGGAGCCGCCCAGAAAAACUACUUCAACAUUCUAGAGAAGAUUGUACGAAAAGUUGCAGAGGACCACUAUAAUCCACGCCUUGUCAAGGAGCUCCUGCAGGAUCUCAGCUCCACACUGCACAGUCUGACACUCCACGUGGGCAGGUGCGUGCUGGUGGGCAACGUCAACAUCUGGCUGUGUCGUCUGGAGAACAUUCUCAAGUGGCAGCAGCAGCUCAGCGACCUGCAGAUCCCGAAGCAAAUAUGCACUGGCAUGUCAUUCAGCGACCUGCCGCUGCACAUGCAGGACAAAAUCCUUUAUAAUCUGUCCGACGCCUGCGACAUCAUCAACCUGGGACAAGCCACGCCCACGCUGCACAUCCUCAGUGAGAACAGGAUGCUGUGGAAGAGGCUGUGCCACUUCCAUUUCUCUGACAAACAGCCGUUCUCUAGGAAUUUGGUCUUGACCAAGAGUGAUAGCGUGGACUGGAAGCUGAUGUACUUCACGCUUCAGAAGCAUUACCCAGUGAAGGAGCAGUACGGGGACACUCUGCACUACUGCAAACAUUGUAGCAUCCUCUUUUGGAAGGAUCGCCACCUGGCAUUGUUAUUCAAGGACUGCGGCCAUCCGUGCACCGCCAACGAUCCGGACAGCUGCCUCAUGCCUGUCUCGCCGCAGCACUUUAUCAACCUCUUCCAGUUCUAAGUUGGUUUUCAGCGGCAUCCAACCUUGAGAUCCGGAUGUUGUUUACCGUAAUACAAAGGGCUUCAAUUGGGGGUACAUGUUACAGUAUACAGUACAGUACAGUCCGUAUUCAUUUACGCACAAGUCUUUCCACGGGUGACGGGAAAGAAUAAAUGAACUGCAAGUUAAUGAUUUUGAGAAUUUUUAACAUUAAAUUUUACUCUCUUUUUUGCACAAUUGUUGAGGUCAACCUUGAGUGGAAACUCAAACAGGUGCAUCUCAAUAAAUUGGAAUAUUGUGCAAAAGUGAUUUCCACACUUCGACUUAUUAAGAUCACAUAAGACACCAAUUAAAGGUUUUUGCUGCUCCUUUUAGUUUACGAAGUCAACGUUUUUGACCACCAUCAAAUUUUAUAAGAUAUAAAAUUAAAUUAAUUCUUUAAUGAAUUAUCACUGCUUCUUGGUAGGCUAUAGUUAUGAUAGUUAUUAGUUAAAACAUAUUGAAAUACAAGUGAUGCAGUGUUGUGGUCACUACAUGGCAGUAAUGACAAAACAUUGAGACAUUAACCUUAACAUUACCGUAACACUGCCAGGUCAUGAAGUCAGCCAAGCCAAGUCCGACAUGAUAGAGUGAAAAAAAUUCUCCUCUCAUUCUAAUUCAUUGAGAUGCAUCUGCAUGUGUGUGUGUGUAUGUGUCUAUAUACAGUCGUCCAUCAUUUAUAGCAGUUAACUGGUUCCAGACCAGACCGCUAUAUGGUAUUCUGUGUUAAUAAAUUGAGUGCUCAAGUAGUUAGAGUGUAGAAACCUGUUUAUGACUUUCUAAAUACAAUUAUUAACAUUAUUGGAGCCCUGUAGACCUGAAAUAACAUCCCUAUAGGGGUGCUCUAUAUGCUCUAACCAUAUAUUAUUUACAAUUGCGACUAACGCUGCAGGGACUCGAGACUGCCGCUAGUUAGUGAGCAAACAAGCUUACAAGCUAAUCAGUUAGCUUUCAAUGUAUUUCUUCUAAACUUUAAAAGCCAAAAACUUACCACUUCCACACAGGAUGGGAGGAGAACUUUUUUUUCCACUCACUCAUGUUGGACAGGCCAUGGCUAACUUCAUGCAGUGUUACGGUCAUGUAAUGUAAGGUCACAUGUCAAUGUUUAGUGCCAGUACUGCCGCCUAGUGACCAGAAUACUACACAUUACUUGUAUUUCAACAUGUUUUGACUAAUAAUAGAUCAUAGUCUACUGCAAAAAAGCCAUCAUUUAUUAAUUAAUGAAUUCCUGGGAGGGAGCGAUAAUCGAACCACGAUAUUGCAGGGAUGACUCUAUAUAGAGUACACACACACAUGCAUAUCUACUGUAUGUAUAGCGUUUGUGUGUGUGUGUGUGUAUAUAAAAAGUGCAAAGUGACUUUUAGCUUGUCAAUGGGGGUAAACAUGAUGAGUAAUGUAAAAAUAAGUUGCAGAUUAUAUAUGUAUAUGUAUCUAUUGAGCGGCUGGUUUAAUUAAUCAAUAUUUUCAAUGGGAUGCAAAUGUUCUGAAUUCCUCUUUCCAUGCCAAUGUUGUAUUGGAAGCAUAGUGUGGAUGUGCAGUAGCUCAACUUCCCAUUGUUGAAUCAAUGGCGCCUAUGCCGGUUAUAGUCAAGUAGUGCACUCCAUUUUGCCUCGGUUCCUCCAUGAGACGAAUCAAUUUUUAGUCUAAUGUUUAUGUCUUGGAGUUUGAAUAACCGUUUUGUCAUUGUGAUGUCUUUUUUUCCUGCAAUAACCGAAUGCAUGUCUCUGUUUACAUCCUUUAUGUCGUCUUUUGAUGUUCCAGGUACUUCUACUCGUAAAGAAAAUAAUUUCCAUUAACACUUUUUACAGACUACUUCUAAAUACAGUACACAAAUGGAAAUGGAAAGUAUUGUUUAUGACUGUAGGGAAAGUUUUGUAUCCAACUUUUGUAAUAUUCCUUUCUGUUCCAAAUCUGUUCAUGGUACUCUUAUGGCUUUUAUGGGACAGGGAGUAGCGUAAUAAUCAUUAAAUAUUUACAAUAUAUA